CACAGGAAGUAAUUCUACCCAUCUCUCCAGUAGCGUCCUACAUUCGUUUUGCGCUACAAUUUUUUCUUAUCUAGGUGGAGGAUUUUCUCUUAAAGUCCACCGCCAUCAUGAAACUCGUCAGGUUUUUGAUGAAAUUGAGCCAUGAAACAGUCACCAUUGAGCUGAAGAAUGGCACACAGGUCCAUGGCACAAUUACAGGUGUGGACGUCAGCAUGAACACGCACCUCAAAGCUGUGAAGAUGACCCUGAAAAACAGAGAGCCCACUCAGCUGGAGUCGCUCAGCAUCCGAGGAAACAACAUCCGCUACUUCAUCCUGCCGGACAGUCUUCCUCUGGACACGCUGCUGGUGGACAUCGAGCCCAAAGUCAAGUCCAAGAAGAGAGAAGCUGUGGCUGGCCGUGGCCGAGGAAGAGGACGGGGUCGUGGCCGAGGAAGAGGACGAGGCCGCGGUGGGCCAAGGAGAUGAAGAUCUCAAACCACUGUACAUUAGUGUGCGUUGUACAGCAUUUUUUGUUCUUCGUAUAGGAGAUAUUUUGCGUUUUGUACAUUAAACUCUGUUCUUUUGACAACUGUUUUGAGUCUUUUGUUUUGUGCUGAUCAUAUGAGGCAGCGGGAUGAUUCUGCAAGGGUGUCUGGUUAUUUUUCUACAUUCUUACCAAUAAAAACUGCUUGACUGAA